UCUGCACGUGUGGCCGCCGGCGGUUUUCAAGGAAAGCUGAAUUUGUGUGUUGUCAUUGCUUAAAAGUUUCGUCCCUGUCGGUCAGCAUGUUUGUGCCUUUGCAACCAUUCAAGGGUCACCAGUGGCACGAGUAUUCGCUUGUGCUGCCAGUUGUGUCAGUCGGCAACGCUGCCCAGCUGGCAGUGGACCUGCUGCUGUCGACGCUCGAGACUGAGCUGGUCGGCUACAUCCACUCGACAGCUCUUGUGCCACUUGUCGGUGGAAAUCCGUACCGCGUGGGCGACCAGAGGCUUGCCACAGCGUGCCAAGUCUACGUGUGCCAUCGGAGCAAGCUUCUAGUGGUGCAACAGAGGACACCAGUUUCAGCGAACUGUCGCACCGAGUACCGCCAAUUCCUGACGGAAUGGAUCAAGCAGGAGAGGUUCCGUCUGGUCAUCAUGCUUUCCAGCUGCCUUUCACAGUUCACCAACCCCUCCGACCUCCCUAGGUACUCGGUGCACUACUACUGCACUCCAGCAGUUGGCGAGCCUGUGGAGGCUCAGCUGCGGGCACUGAAUUGGACGCGACUGGAGAAGCAGGACCCCGUUACGCGGGAACGCAACCCUGACGGUGUACUGCUCAUGCCCGGAUCGGGCAUCACUCGAUCCCUACUCGACAAAUGUGUCUCCGACGAGAUUCCCGUCGUCCUUCUGCUUGUGUACUGCUCCGAGGGAGACAACACGCCGGAUGCCAUCUUGUUGGCGGAUCGAUUGGAUGAGUGGCUGCACCUUUGCCAGCCACCAACCGAUGGGGCGGAACAGAGUGGACGGCGAGGGCCAUGGCAGACGCCGAUCUCGUGGAGCUUGCUCUUCGGCAGCGCUCCACCGGCUAGCAUCUAUUAGUCUGCAUGUCGUUUCAAGCCCUUGCAGUGUGGUGACGCGACGUGUCAGGGAAGAGUUCAUGCGUAUGUCAGCGCGUUGGUUGUCGUAGCAGCAGCGUGCAAAAAGACGCAAACACAGAUGGGAAACAUGUGGCACGAACACUCUCUUUCAGCUGAAAUGUUAAUAGACGCAGAACACGAUAUAAAUAGUAUAUAGCAUAAAAGAAAUAACGACCAAAGACCACUAUGACACUUCAGUAAUUGAUUUGACAAGGGAAUAGUACUGUACAUUCUCUUUAAAUGGAACCCAAAGGUACCAGGAGUACUCGGACAUGAACAGAGGUUCACAAUUCAAGUGCAAGACCAGUCAUAUCAGAGGCUGUUGUUCUAUUUAAGCAGCAAUUCUCUUUGAGAGAUGUCCAUUUACUGAGAGUCUACUGGAGUCACAAUAUCCAUUCUUGACACUUCCUAACUUAUAUCUGUAAUCACUCUAUCUGAUGCAUACAAAAGUGUCGUUGUGCUUUUUGGUUGCUUUGUUGUUGAUCGUUAUUUCUAUUGCAUCAUCAGUUUUGAUCGCACUUAGCUUCCACUAAAAUUUCGGCAAAAAGAAAGUGCUCAUGUCACACGUUUCUUCUCUGUGUUCUCUCUACUUGCUGUCUGUCGGUUCCAAUUCACCGAUUUUUCCAUUUUUGUUCAUUUCGAGAAUCAUCUGUCACGCAUCACUACCUGCGUUCACUUUUCAAGUGAAUGCUCGUAGACUUCACAGAAUGAUGCUGCAUAGGUAAUGCUUCAAUAUCAAACAGACAGUGAAAAAGAAAAGCUGUGUUUAACACUAGUAAUAUCUUUACUAGUAUUCACUUGUCCUGGAGUUGUAGAUCUGAUAUCUCAGUUGGAGAAAUGAUCAUCACAAUUGUUUAAAACUUUAACCCUGUAAUAACACAAACAUCCAUCGAUGUUUGUGUUUUUGAACAAGGGUUCCACAUCAGACCAACAUGAUCACUUAUUUUUGGCCAUGGAGAGCAAAUUUAUAUUAUAAAAAAUUAAAUUUUAUAUGAGCCAUAAUAUGAAUAAUGCAUAUCCGUCAUAUAUCUUGCUCUGUCGCAUAUCUGAAGGGCAGGGGGAGAAGUUUGAUAGUGUAGGUAUUGCCUAGAUUUGGCAACAGCCUUACUUUUUUUUUUCGUCACAUCUUUUGCACGCAUUAGUUAGUGAAAAAGUCCGUCAAGAAUCUGGACUUUGCCAAAAAAUAUAAGGUCUCAGUUGAUUGUAAAUGUCAAAUUCUUGGACUACCACCGGGAAUUAGCUGCUGCAGAAGCAGCCAAAGCAUUGAAAUUGCCGACUGAAAUCGUUGAUCAAGAGUGAUCCAACUAAGUAGAUGCGGUGGUGAAAAAAAAGUUAAGUUUACCCAUUCACACUGUUCCUUUUCACAACAGUUGUAACUGUGCUUCGAUUUAGAAAUAUAUGUUGAAGCUCCACGGACAUUGUGACAUUUGUAAGAUAUGGACUUGUAUAGCUUCUGUGAGGUACUGACACUUGUCUGCGCUUUAUUUAUGAGUGCUGCUCCUUGCUUAUAGUGAGAUGCAUACUGAGUUCAUUCAAGUCACGCAGCAUUAUCGUACGUAAUACUCAUACGGGUAAGCCUGUUGUCUCUUGUAGUGGUGUCAUCUUAUAGAGUAGUGAUGUCGUUAAUAUAGAGCUCAGGUUUGUUAUAUGUUGCCUUUCAUUUGCAAGAAUUGAAAAGUCAAGUUGCCGGGGCUAUUUCGUGCUCCAAAUUGGGCGUGCCGGCUCAAGCUUCUUAAAGAACUGGCGAGCAACAAUGAUGCGAGCACGUGGAAAGCAGGGACAACAAAAUGUAUAGGUGCCAGCAUGAUUGCUUUGAAGCUCUUCAUGAACAGCUCUGGAUGGUCGUACAGAAUGGUGUUCCACGCCUUAUUGUAUGCAUAAAGUUAAUGCGCUUGCAUUGACUGAGUAACAUUUGGAGAAGCAGCUUCCGAAUGUAUCCAAUGACGCUGUGAAUUUCAGAAGCAAGAAAUGACUGUUGUGUAUUCAAACGACCAGGUACCUGUUCGAAUGUGUGCUACAAGGUUCCGGUGCUAGAUUGUGAUUCAGGCACGUUUGCCUUGUAACCAACUCGGCAUGAAAGUUCUGUCUCGAGAAACAGGCUUCCUUUAGUGACUGAUUUUUAGAAUGGAAUGACCGGGAAAAACUUGGCACGAGCUUAACUUGGUAGUCUGUACGUGUUGAAUGUGGCUACAUUCUUGAUAUGCUAACUGUAGUUUUUCCCGUGCUAGCAUCAUUUAUUGUGAGCAACUACCUACCUUCAACCAUUGUUGUGUACAAACCUGUUUGACUACUGUUCAGUAAAAUGUAUGUUACAAAAGGCUCGCUGUGGUUUGUUCUCUUUUUAGAUCACAUUAACAUAUUUCCAUCGCUAUAAUGUGAACGGCUAGUGACUUGUAAAUUAAAGGAUAUUUACCAAAGGCA